UGCAGGUCACCCGUUCAUCAUGACGGUGGGCUGCGUCGCUGGAGACGAGGAGACGUACGAGGUGUUCAAAGAGCUGCUGGACCCCGUGAUCGAGGACCGCCACGGAGGGUACAAACCAUCAGACAAACACAAGACGGACCUGAACGCUGACAACCUGCAGGGCGGAGACGAUUUGGAUCCAAACUACGUUCUGAGCUCUCGAGUUCGGACAGGAAGGAGCAUCCGCGGCUUCUGUCUGCCGCCGCACUGCAGCCGCGGAGAACGCCGCGCCAUCGAAAACCUCUCCAUCGAAAGUAUGACAUCACUUCCUGUGUGUGGCAGUGUCAGUGCGCCCCCUGGCUGCAGGAGGAGGAGCCACACACUAAUUUUAAUUUUUUAUAAAAAUCAAUCACAGGAAGUGACAUCAUCUCAUCGCCAUCACAUCAACACAGUCACCUCAAACACAAAAAUAUAACAGCAGUACACUAAAGGAGGAGCAGUGAGGAGCAGU